GCGGAGUCUUCAGCCGCCCUGCGACGCCGCGGCAGUCUUGUUUCGGCCGGCGCGCGCCCCGCACGGCCCCAUGGUGGAGCACGCGCUCGUGGAUUGCUCCCAGGCGAGCGCCAUGCAAACUUUACAGCCACAGCCUCACCGUGGAGGUGAUGACCAGCUUGCAGACGAGUAUGUACAAAAUUUUGAACUCGAUCACCUGGGCGACAGUGAACUUGUCAAACGCGAGCCGCUCCGCGCAGGAUGGCAUGAACUCACCGCAACACCACCUGCAUGUGCUCGUGCAUGCCGACCUUGGCCAGAUGCUGGACCAUAUCCCCAGCCGCACGUCGCUAUUGCUGUGGAUCCCAGUACACCACCAGAAACUCCUCCGGCGCCAAUCGGCCGCAGCCCGUGUCGCGCUGCAUUAGUCGACGAUGUUUUAUGGCUGCCUAAUAUGCGAGAGCCACUGGAUAUGCGUACCGUACAGUGUGGUAAUUUUGAAGAAUGGGACCGCCGCGACUGGCGAGAACAAGAGCAUCACCAUAUGCAACAAGUCGCUUUGAGGCCUGCCAGUUCCUGCUCCGCCAUGUCACCGCGCACCAGUCAUCACGCCUCUUAUCCACAGUCAUCGUGCGGAGACGACCUUAUAAGCGACGACCAACUCAUGACCCUCAGUGUUCGCGAACUUAACAAAAGACUACAUGGAUUUCCAAGAGAGGACGUCACUCGACUCAAACAGAAGCGGCGCACAUUAAAGAACCGCGGGUAUGCUCAAAACUGUCGCAGUAAGCGACUUCAGCAACGUCAAGAGUUAGAACUCACAAAUAGGUCGUUGCAAGAUGAGUUGCACAUGCUACAGUUGCAAGUAGCGCGCGUGACGCACGAGCGUGACGUGCUGAAGCAGCGAUUGGCGCUGGUCGGACGCGAGCACGCCGUGCCACACCACGCACCGCCGACGCCACACUCCUCGCCGGAGUUCUUCUCGGAGCUGUGACGGCAGGGUGCGGCGCCACGGGCCGCCGCCUCUUCCUCCGCUUGCGCCUGGCAGCGUUACUGAGGGCCGGACUUGAGUCGGCACCCUCGUUUCUAACACACGACUCUCGUGCUUUUGUUAAGUUUGAAAUUUAAUUAUCAUCAGUUCCAGUUUUAUAGUUUUUUAUUAUGGUGGAACAUUUUAGCCAGAUUGUCAACGAAUCAGGCUAUUGAAACACCGUGUUAAAUGUAUGGUUGUGUCAUAAGAUAUGCAUGUAUUACUAAACUUAUACAUAAGUUAUAAUAACUUCAGAACAACUGAUUAAUCGAAUAAUUGUAAAUAGAUAUAUAAAUGACGAAUAUUAUCUUUAGGAUCUGUGUUUUCCUAAUAAAAUUACAAGAAAAUAUUCCAUUUAUUUAUUUAUUUGUCCGCUCAACUCCCUAUAAUCUAGAUUAUUUACAGUAGACAACAGAUACGACUGCGAUUUAAGAACGGAGUCUAGAGUACGUUAAACUUGAGACUUUUGAUUUAAAUGACUUGAGAUUUUAAUUUAACUCCUUACAAUCAGAACGAUCCAAAAGACAAAUGUCAAGCUUGAUGAGAUCUUGACUGUACAAACA